AUGCUCAAUUUCUAUCGCACCGGAUCUGUAUGUACAAGCGGCCACGCUUCAGUCUUGGACGCCCAUGGCGAAGAGAGUGAUUCGCUGCCAGUUGACAAACUCUAUGCCAGUCCGCAAGUUCGGGCGUCCUCGACGCUCGACGGCCACAACGGCACCAAAGCCAACUGGCUAUCGGAUACUACGAGGGACCGGAGACGACUCCGUAUCGGACCCACUUACCGGGCACCCCUCCGAUACGACCCCACCAUCUUUUCAACAUCACCCCGAGGGCUCUUAUCAGGUCCCCCCGCCUUCCCCUUUUAUCAUCGGGGCAUCGUACUUGAUCUGCCGUUGCGACCUGCAAGUUGUUUUGACGAAGAUACUACCCACCAUCUUCUGUAUUGGAGCAAUAAUGCUGAAGCAACUUCAUUAUGGAACUGGCAUUUCGUAUCAAGAGAUUUGCCGGCAACCUCUGGUCUCGAAAUGGAUUUCAACGCCCGGCGUAAACCCGCGCCCCCAGAUUCUGAUAAGGAUGGCCUUGCCGGUGCACCAUUCGAGAAUGGGGGGUUGACGCAGUUCAGGGGCACAAAAUCGCGUGCAAGGAUAAAGAUGGAUUCACUCGGGCGAAAAUUGCUUUAA